AUGGUUACUUCGAUAGCAUAUCGAAAUCGUUUUCUAUUCCUCACUUUAAGUUUUGUUUAUUUUAUAUGUAUUUUAGCCUGCGAAGUACGGGGCGAUUGUCAAAUAGCCCAGUAUAUGGUAGAACGAUCGAAUCGCAUCUUCACCUAUCGCGAUGCCAGCGGGUCUCUCCAACUGCAGCGUAGGGAAACGGUUCCAUCUGGGGUCAUUCUCUUCAUGUACUGUAAUCCUUCUGAUAUGGUGGAAACUCUGUGCCAGGGCAAUGGUCACUUCUCAGUUCCGCUCCCCAUGAGUUGUGGCAAUCCAAUGCAACCGACGAUAACGCGGAUCCGGGAUGGCGAUUGUUCAGGGACCCUCUAUGCCGUGGGCUAUACGAUAGACGGCAGGAGUCUGGAGCUAUAUCGCACCUGCUUUGAUUCCGGGCAAGGAAGGGUCUUGUACUCACAAAGCGAUGUCUACUACAAAACAUUUUUUCCCAAGCGCCCGUUCGUGGACUUCGUGGCUGACGAAAUGUUCAGUCCGCAGGAGGCCGCCGCUUACUACAAGUCCAACAUAUACUUCGCCUUUAAAUGCAUUUACGGUGAUGGUCAGUCCUACCUACCAAGUGCCAAUUCCCUGGUGAUAAAUCGGGGGCAUAUGGUGGCCUCGGCGGACUUCCUUUUUGCGGACCAAAUGGGCAGUACCUUUCGCUACCUGAAUGUGGUUCCGCAAUUCAAGUCAAUUAACGAUGGUAACUGGGAGAAAAUCGAGAGGUGGGUGCGCGGUCAAAUUCCGCCGUCGAGCUAUUACCGCAUCAAGUCCGGCGGAAUCGGUAUCCUGACAUUGCCAGAUGCCAGGGGCUUCCGUCAGCCAGCUUUCCUUGCCGGCUCCAAGAUCCCAGUGCCCGAAUGGACCUACAAGGUGGUGCGAGAUGCCAGCGGUAAUGGGCUGUAUGUCUUCCUCACUUAUAACAACACCUUCCGGAGGGAGAGGCCACAGUGCCUGGAUAUCUGCCAUCCACUUAAUUGUCCCCUGGGUCUCCCGAAUAACCCCGAUGAUGGAUUCACCUUCUGUUGCGAUCCCAAGCAGUUCCCACUCGAAAAAGGGACGCGUUGAUGUAUAUUUUAUCGAAGGACUAUGCCAAAUUGUCCUGCGUAAUAAUCGCCGGCUGAAUAAUUUAGUAUUUUUAUAUAACAGACGCACUUGAGCUUAAAAGGGGUGUGCACUGCAAGAAAAGGGAACGAAUAUUUGAAAAUUUGCAUCCAUUUUGGUAAUGGGGGAUAUCAGAAAAAACUUUGCUGUUGCAUACUAAUUGAACACCACAUUUCCUUUCAUUGUCAGUGGAUUGGUGGGGAUAUAUUUCCAAACCAAAAUCUGUUGUCAAUUUCUUUAAAGACUUUU